AUGUCUCUCAAAGAUAGAUUUUCAGAUGAAAAAUUAAAAAUAUUUACAUUAUACAACCUACACCCCAAAAAAAUGAAACUAAUGAGCGACCAACAAUUUGCAGAAAGUGUUGAAUUUAUUUGUACACUUUAUGGUUCACUUCUAGACAAUUUUAAAGAGCAAGCACUGUCAUGGUAUGAUCUAUGGAAAAAGAAAGAAGUCGAAUCCACCAUGAAAUUAAUUGAUAUUCUCGAUUACGCCACAUAUUACCCAGCGGUAUGCCAAGCAAUACAAAUUGCAAUUACUUUACCCGUAACUUCCUGCUCAGUAGAAAGAUCGUUUAGCACUUUACGCCGUUUAAAGACAUGGGUUAGAAAUAGGAUGGGAAAUGAAAGACUGAGUAGCUUGGGGUUAAUUAAUAUACACCGCCAAAGGUAUGAUGAUGAAAAUUUUUUUAAUCAACAAAUUGAUAAAUCAAUUAAUUUAUUUGCUUCUAACAAAAGAAGAUUAUCAUUGCUUUUUGAGUAAAAUGUAAUGUUAUGUAUAAAUAUUAUGAUGUAAUAUGGAACAUGGAACAUGUAAUGAUGUAAUAUGUAAAUUCAAAUCAA